UGCUGGAUUCACUCAAUGGUGAAGCCUUCUAGCCCAAAGGAGUGUGGUUAGGUUUAAAAGCUGAUUUUUUUCAGUCCAAGUGCUGCAUGUGUUAGCAAGCCUAAAGCAAGACCAGUUGGAUUACGCAAAAAUAUCACAAACAUUGGGAUGAAGAAGUGUGGAUUCGAUAAAGAUCAUGAUGCCUUCAACAUUACAAAAAUAAGAGCUACAUUAGAUGAUGAUUCCCAUGCUUCAGCUGCAGUACCCUUCUCAGUGAACAAAGAGAACCCAGGUGGACAUCUGGGUGAUGGCAAUGGGGAGGGAAAAUCUCAUGCAGACCUCGGAACUGCACUUGGAAGCAACACCCCAGAAAAAUCGGGAAUCAGAAUUUUCACCAUGGCUACCUCGUCUGCAGAGAACAAGGAAUCUGGCUGCAGCUCUCUGGAGUUCUUAAAACCAGACAAUCCUGAGAAAAUGUGGAUUCGCUUGCAAGGAUUACAGAACUACAAAAACACAUCACAAAGGCUACGAUGUCUUGUGAAGCAACUGGAGAAAGGCGAGAUCAACGUGACAGAUUUAAAAAAGAAUAUAGAGUAUGCAGCCUCAGUGCUUGAAGCAGUUUACAUUGAUGAGACAAGACGUCUCUUGGACACUGAGGAUGAACUUAGUGAUAUCCAGUCGGACUCUGUCCCAUCAGAGGUUCGAGACUGGUUGGCAUCCACUUUCACAAGGAAGAUGGGAGUGUUGCAAAGAAGGCCAGUGGAAAAGCCUAGAUUCCGCAGCAUUGUUCAUGCUGUUCAAGCUGGCAUUUUUGUAGAAAGGAUGUACCGAAGGACAUCAAACAUGAUAGGACUGACAUAUCCAGCAGCAGUGAUAUCUGCUUUAAAGGAUAUUGAUAAAUGGUCAUUUAACGUGUUUGCCCUUAAUGAUGCCAGCGGAGACCAUGCAUUGAAGUUCAUGGUGCACGAGCUGUUCACCCGAUAUGACCUUAUCAAUCGUUUCAGGAUUCCUGUAUCUUCACUAAUGUCUUUUGUUGAAGCCCUGGAGGCAGGUUACAGCAAGCACAAGAAUCCUUACCAUAACUUAAUCCAUGCAGCGGAUGUGGCCCAAACUGUGCAUUAUCUAAUGCUCCAUACUGGCAUUAUGCACUGGUUUACAGAACUGGAUAUUCUAGCCAUGCUCUUUGCUGCUGCCAUUCAUGACUAUGAGCAUACAGGGACCACAAAUAACUUCCACAUUCAAACCAGAUCAGAUGUGGCUAUUUUGUACAAUGAUCGAUCUGUUCUUGAAAACUAUCAUGUGAGUGCUGCCUACCGAUUGAUGCAAGAAGAGGAAAUGAAUAUCAUGUGCAAUUUAUCAAAAGAUGACUGGAGGGAUCUGCGUGCUUUGGUGAUAGAAAUGGUUUUAUCGACCGACAUGUCUUGUCACUCCCAACAAAUCAAGACCAUGAGAACUACUUUGCAGCAGCCUGAAGGGACUGACAAGGCUAAAGUCAUGUCAUUAAUGCUGCAUGCUGCGGAUAUAAGUCAUCCUGCAAAGUCCUGGCAACAGCACUACCGCUGGACAAUGACACUGAUGGAAGAAUUCUUCAGACAGGGUGACAGCGAAGCAGACUUGGGGUUACCAUUUUCUCCACUUUGUGAUCGAAAGUCCACAAUGGUAGCACAGUCUCAGAUUGGUUUUAUUGAUUUUAUUGUGGAACCAACCUUCUCUGUUCUGACAGAUAUAGCUGAAAAAAUAAUAACACCUCUUAUAGAGGAAGCUUCUCAAUCUGAGACUGAAUUUCAACGACAAAGUCUUACCAAUAUUGGAGUAGGAAGCACUCCAGAAACAUCCAGAAGGCACAGUGUAAGGAGUGUUCCAUCAGAUGGAGGCUGUUCUAUUGAAUAUUCUGUGGCUACUGUGGACCUCAAAUGCUUUAAGUUGAACUGGAUGGACAUAAUUCAGCAAAACAAAGAAAAGUGGAAAGAGCUGGCAAUUCAAGAAGAAAAAACAAGACUGAGUAAAGAACAAAAUGAGCAUGAUGACCACCAUGAGAACAACAAUGAGAAUCUAAUGGCAGCAGAUGAUAACGUAAGUGUGGGACAUGAUGAAGAGAUCCAGGAAAGAAAUAUCUCUCCAUUCAAGUCUCUUGUAAACCAAGCUUGCCAACUUUCAACAGCUACCAACAACCCUAUUCUGCAAAAACAUCUCUACACCACCAGUUGUGAUUCUGCAAGUUGGGAACAUGAUGCUGAUCCAGCAAAGACUCUGAUUCAACAUGGACCACCAUGGAAUGGGGAGAUAAAACACAUUAAGAACUUGGAGGAGUCAUUAAAUAACAGCAAAGCUACUGAGAUACUGGAGAAUAAAGCUACAUUUAUGCGCAACUAGCUCAGAAAAGCUUUGAAGAAUACAGCCCUAUAUGAAGAACGAGAAUAAUGGAUCAUGGAGUGGCACUGGAAUGACUAGAAAUGAAUACUGCACCUUUAUUGAGCACCUCUCAACAUCACUGGUGCUCUGCUUCAAGGAAAUUGGACUUGAUAUCAUGGCAUUGACCUUUCAGAUGAUGUUUGGAACAGGUGGCUGGAAUAACCAGUUUCAUCUUUCUAUGAACAAAUUAAUCUAACAAUUUCCUCUUCACUAACCUGCCCAUUUGGCUAGUGUUGCUUAAUAUCCAACAGAUAAGGCAGGACAUUUGGACUUGCACUUGCUAAUAAUAAAAAAAAUCAGCUUAUAGACCUUCAAAUUUUAAUAGAGUGACUAAACUUACACAUGUAUUUCCUUGACCAAAACACAAACAAUACACAAUAAUAAUUUGGCAGCAGAGAAGGAUGUUUAUAGCAUCGGGAAGAGUUGCAGGUCUUCAGGCUUUUGUAUAAUUGUUUUAUCUGAUGAGAAGCUAUAACAGCUCUAGGAUAAAAAAGUAAAUGGAGGCCCUGUGCCUUCAGAUUCUGUUGAUAUGCACAGUGACUUUUGAAACUGAUACAAGUACAAAUUUAAGAAGAAUCACAGUAUUACAGUGAUGCCACCUUUUGACCUACCUUGCAUGCUUCUUAAUAAUCAGUCCCUAAUAUGAUAAUAUGACCCCCUAAGUGGACAAGUUCUAAUUUCCGAGGUAACAAUAGUGCAUUGAUGGUAACUCAAAUGAAAUUUAGCAGAAUCCAGAGCCACCGUAUAUAUAAAUAUGUUAGCUUACAUAUUUCAAAGACUUGUAAAUACACUAUAUGUUCAAUGUUGUAUUGAUGAACCAUUGCAGAGCUUUAUAGUAAUGUUGUUAAUAAAAGAUAAAGGAAAUUCAGAUCCCUACUCAAUAAUUUAUUAAUCCAAAAUGUGCUGAAUGAAUGCCCAGUUUUCUUUAAGUGUGUAUAUUCUUUUUUUAAUUGCUGAUCUGCUCUGGACUGAAAGCAUUGUUUUGCUAACUUAAGGUAAAUUCUGCAGCCUUGAAGAUAAUGAGUCUUACCAAUGGCAACUUUAUUCUGACAUCUCAAGAAUUACUCCAUAACAUCUGUUUAUUAUAAAGGGCAUUUAGAGAUGAAUUUUUACAGGAGCUUAUCCUCUGCAUCUUCAGUUGAAUAGCCUGGAAAAAUAGCAUCAAUGGCAUUUGUGCCAUUUCUGUAGGGUGUCCAUGACUUUCUCAUGAAGGUUUUAAUGGAUAAGGAAGAGAAUGUGCAGGUUCAUGCACCACUAUUUCAAAAUUAUUUUCCCUUUGGAGGCCUAACAUGGUCCAGUUUUAACACUGAAAAUGAUCACAUUUCAAUGUGGAAUAUUAUAUAAUAUUGACAGUUGUAAAGGAUAUUUGAGUACUGUAUAUAACUAGGAGCUAAUUUUGCAGGAUCUCCAUGGUAAUCUGAUACUUACAAGUUGUAUCAAUACAAACUUUGUUAAAAUGAGGUUGAAAUAUUGUAAAUGUAAAGACAGACUAAUUUUCCCACCUCUCACUGCAGUGUCAAUGGAAGAUCAAUAUUGAUCCUAGAGAACUUAGCAUCUAAAUCACCUUUAAAUGUUUCUGCUGAUCUUCCAGCCAGAUUAUGUAGGGAGAUCAGAUGUUCCCAAUGUAAGGUAUAGACUAAAUGUUCUAGAGCAAGGGUUCCCACCUUUUUCAUGCCAGGGACCUCUACCAUUAACUGAGGGGUCUGUGGACCCCCUGUUCUAGAGUAUUCACAAUUUCCUUUAUACAGAGCAAGAACCUUGAUUCUAAGUUUGAUGUAAACAGUAUAAACAAUUCUAAAGUGGAUAUUCUUGAUAUUUUGAAACAUGUUGAAAAAGGCAAGAAAGCAAUAACACAAUAGUUUUAAAAUAUCAAUUUAUUAAUUAAUACAAAUUAAAAUGCAUUGUUUUUCUUGCAAUCUUAAUUAACGAUGGAGUGGAGUUUAAGAGAAAUAACAAACCAGAGUACUUUGUUAAUCUUGAACUCAAUGAAAUAAGAUUAAAAUAAUAUACUGCAUCAAUCUUAUGAUUCAAUACAUUUAAUCAGAAUAGUCUAGUCCUUAUUUUUAGUGAUUUAUUUAUUCUUUUUUAUUGUAUUUAUUUAUGUGACAUCAGUUAUUGCUCUGGCUGCUCUUUUAUUGUAUCCUCAUCAGCAAUAACACAAUUACUAUGGACUGAAUAUGACACCCAAGAAGAAUUUAAGAAUAUUGUGUUAAACAGUUUGAAAAUAUCUGAUAAUUACAAGGAGUAAUUUCUUUACGCAGAUUUUAUUUUUAUUUCUUCAUAAAAUGAAGCCAGUACUCUACUACUGUACUGCUUUUUGAGGUUUCUGUGUGGGCUUCCUGCUAAUGCCAUAGCAACCAAUCAAAAGACCUGUACAGGUAUUCCCACUCCACAGUUUGAGAUUGCCUGCGAAUUUUGGACAACAACGUCAUGGAAUCAAUUUCACUCAGGAAAGUGAAAUUGGGAGAAAUUUAAAAAAUAUUAAAUUAUGUCAAAUAACAGUUACAAACUGCUGUUCAGGUCUAAAUUACUGGUAGCUUAACUGGCAGAUACUUUCUGUGCAUUAGUUCAAUAUUCUCUGCAGUUGUUCUUCAUUUUCUGGCUGCAAUCAUUGUACAGAAUAUACAUAGUUGUACCUGAGUAAGUAAAUAAAAAGCCUGAACUUUUUGUAUCAUUCAUUAGUUAUAUGCAAAAGAGAGAAAGCAUUGUCCUCUGUCAUAGUUGUCCAAUCCUUUUCAAAGACAAAGAAAUAAAA